UAAAUAAUCCUGAGUGACAACCGCGUCAUCGCGCCUUGCUUGUUUGAAAAAAUAACUGAUGUACAAUAAAAUAAACUGAUGAGUAAGUUAAGUUUAGAUCCAAGAAAUUCAUCAAAAAUUAAAUAAAACAAUAAUUAAAGCAGACAUUAUGAAGUCGACCGCAAGGACACCGAUGCGUGUAGUGCGGACUCCCCACCAACAGCGUGAAAUGCGACUCCGCACCCAGACAUCGAGUGAAUCGAAUGGAAGUGAAAAUAUUCCGCCACGGCCCAAGGAUCCUGUUAGUGUAUUUUGUAGAGUGAGACCAUUGCCGUCAGAAGGAGAUCUGUCUUGCAUUACGGUAAAGAAUUCAACGACAAUCGUUUUGACACCACCAGAACAGGCUUUGGGCAAUAAACAUUGCGUCCUCAAGGAAACCCAAUGCAUAUUUAAGCACGUUUUUGAAGCGAGGGCUACACAACAGGAGGUUUUCACGAAAGUGGCACAACCUUUGGUUGAAAAUUUGAUCCGUGGUCGCAACAGUUUAUUAUUCACGUAUGGAGUAACUGGUAGUGGCAAAACUUUUACAAUGACUGGGGACAUACGACAUCGUGGUAUAAUGCCGCGCUGUUUAGAUGUUCUAUUUCGCACAAUAUCUGACUAUCAAACCAAGAAAUAUGUUUUCAAACCGGAUCGUUUGAAUGGGUUCGAAAUACUGUCCGAAGCAGAUGCUCUACUUGAACGGCAGCAGGAAAUGAACCAGCGAUUCGCCGGUGGCCGAGGACCUCUCAAACGUAAGGAUUCGGAUCCUGAACUGGCAUCACAAGCAUCGUGUGAAAUGCCGCCAUUACAAGGCAUUGACGAAGAUAAUAUGUAUGCAGUUUUUAUAACAUAUGUGGAAGUAUACAACAAUAGUGUAUAUGAUUUAUUGGAAGACGGCGGCAUUCAGAAAUCUUUGCAAAGCAAAAUUAUUCGCGAAGAUGCCAAUCACAACAUGUAUGUGCAUGGAGUAACUGAAGUCGAAAUUAAAUCUGUUGAGGAAGCCAUUGAAUAUUUUCAAAUUGGUCAAAAGCGUAAACGCAUGGGUCACACUGUGCUCAAUGCCGAAUCUAGUCGCAGUCAUUCAGUGUUCAAUAUUCGCCUGGUCCAGGCCCCAACUGAUUGCCAAGGUGAAAAUGUUGUCCAGGAUAAACGAACCAUUACCGUAAGUCAACUAUCUCUUGUCGACUUGGCGGGCAGCGAACGCUCAUCACGUACAAAAAAUACUGGUAUGCGCUUAAGGGAAGCGGGUAAUAUAAAUAAUUCACUUAUGACACUACGUACCUGUUUGGAAUAUUUGCGAGAAAAUCAAUUGUCUGCCGGUGGCAAUGUACCAUCGAAAAAGGUUCCAUAUCGUGAUGCAAAAAUUACACAUCUUUUCAAAAAUUAUUUUGAUGGCGAAGGACAAGUGUCAAUGAUUGUUUGUGUAAACCCGCGGGCGGAAGAUUUUGAAGAAAACACGCAAGUUAUAAAGUUUGCUGAAAUGACACAAGAAGUUCAAAUUGCAAGGGCAACGCCUAUGAAAGCUGAUUUAGGUUUGACUCCUGGUCGACGCAAAGCCAAUAAACUUUUCAAAAUAGCUGUUAACAAUUUGAACGACUUGGGCUAUACCGAUGCUCAGAAAUUGGAUGUAGAUGUGGGACUUGUUUAUACCCUAGGACCCAAUUUCCCAGAAUAUAAUUUGGAUAGUCCAGAAGCAGAAGAUACCAUCGAAAUGCUUAUGCAAUAUUUAGUGCAAAGGAUCGAAAAGCGAAAGUUAUUAUGUGAAGAUUUGGAUGCAAGAUUGGACAAUUUCCGUUCCCUUUUAAUGCAAAGAGAAAAGGAAAAUCUUUCACUUCGCACCGAAUUGGCAUCAUUAAAAGCAGUGUACAAACAAGAACGCGAUCGUAGUUUAGCAUUGGAAAACAAAAUCCGUGUGCAUGAAAGCUCUAUAGAUGUACUCAAUAAUAAAUUGGGCAAUCGCGAAAGACAGAUCGAUGACCUAACAAGAAAAUUGAGAGACCAACAGAAUCUUCUUAAUAAAAAAGAGCAGGAAAAGGAACAUCAAAAGAAGAAAUUCGAUUCGAAACUAGCUGUUGAAGUUGACAGGCGAGAUAGACUGCAUGAACUCAAACACGCUAAAUUGCAAAAUAAAAUUCGUGUAAAAGAUGAAAAACUGAAACUCUUAUCGAAUAUUAUAACCUCAGAUGAUUUGGCUUUAGCAAAACUGCCGCGUUCUAGGAGUAUAGAUAACCUCACGGAGGACAAGGAUUCCCAGCAGGCAGCACAACAACAAGGCGUUUCGGGAUCUAUAAGAACAGGAACAGCUACGGCUACACCCAGAACAGAUGUAUAUAGUGCUGCAAGAGUGCCCAGAGGAAUGGCUGCUGCUAACAGACGACAUCGUAGAUCUCGAUCAGCUGGCGAAAAAUGGAUAGAACACCGUGCUCAGAAUCCCGUUCCAUUAGGUACUGUUUUGCAGCCGUAUCUCAAGAAUCGCAAAUCAAUUACAAAGCUAACGGACAUGAAAGAUUUGACAGGACACAAUGCCAAUAAAUACAUGUUGGUAUCCCAAGAGGCUGAUACCGAUGGCGAUGUUGAGACGAAACUCUUUAAGGGCAAUAUUGUACCCACAUGUGGCGGUGGUGCUCAAGUUAUAUUCGAUGAUGUUGAGUGCUUGAAACAGAAAUCACCGGUGCCAUCACCCAAUCGUAAGAGGCCUAUCAAUACUGAUAAUGGUGGAAUUCUCAGUAAUAUUGGCACAACAGUUUCCGCCCUUUCAGCCUUGACCAGCUUAAAUUCGGCCAAUGAUGUUGCAUCAAGAUGUAAUGUAGGCAUCGAAGGACACACCGUCAAACGAACUAAAGUAUGAGGAUGGAAGGAAUAUAGGAAUUACAUCACGCAACAGCAUUGUAUUUAAAAUAUCGGAAAACAGAUAUAGGAAUUCAAAUAAGUUUUCGUUUCUAAAUUGGACUUUCAAUAGAGUAGCAUAUAUUUUUUUUAUUUUAUAAUAAUGUAUUGUAUUGAUUUUGUUAACGAUUUAAUAUAUAUGAAAAACUUUUCCCUCCCAUAAAGCAGUAUUGGAAGCAAAAUCCAACUUAUGUAUAUGAAUUUAAUGACUUGAUCAGCAGCAUUACUUGAAUUUGUAACUUAUACUCAUAAUAGCAUUGAAGUUUAAAUAUGAUUAUAUACAUACUUUGCAUAUAUUUUAUUAUUUCAAAUAAACUUUGUUUUGAAUUAUAGAAUAAAACGAAAAACAAUGGUAAAGGUAUAACCCAGGUACAA